AUCGUCCAAACUCCUCGGCUUUUCUUCACCCACACCAAUUCACCUACAUUCACCCACAUGGCUCCAAUCGGAAACGCCUGCCUGGUCUUCUUGGUCCUCGUCUCAGUCCUCUUAACUUCUGUAACUACAACAAGCAGGGACCUCUCCAUCAAGCAAGGCCAAGGUCUCGCCGCAAGGCUCGAAUCUAGCGGUGACAGCCUUAUGGGGGCGCUGGAACGCGCUAGUGGAGCUCAAAUCGUGUACCAAUGAGAUCGUUUUCUUUUUCCUCAAUGGGGGAGACUAGGAUUGCUCCUGACUGUUGCCAUGCUAUUAAGAUUAUUACUCUUUUAAUUGCUGGCCCUGGCCCGCCAUGCUCACCUCACUCGGUUUCACUGUUGAAGAGGGGAACAUUCUCAGAAACUAUUGUGAUUCGGCGGCCGCGCGGUUCCUCUCCUCCUACCCUGCCUCUCUGGUAAACGCCAGAGUGUUGAUUUAGAGAAGGUACCGUAGAUCAUGAUUAUUUCGAUUAAUUACUUUACCGUUUAUAUAUAAAUAAAUAAAACUAGCACAA